UGCAGUGUUCACAAAAACGGUCACAGUGGCGUAUAAUUUUGAGCAAAACCAAACGUUACGACUCCUUGUGGUGGAUAUUGACAAGCCUGACGGGGGCUUAGAUAAGCAAGAUAUUAUCGGUGUGGUGAAGCUAACGCUGAGCAGCAUCCUUACGUCGAACGGACAAUCGAAGAAAGUACAGUUGGUCAAUGAGAAGAAAAGGAAGAUCGGCGGUAUCAUACAAGUGUCUGCCGAAGAAAUGAUUGAGAGCAAGUCCAUAGUGGCGCUGGACUUCAAGGCCACCAAGCUAGAUAAUAAAGACGGAUUAUUCGGCAAAAGCGACCCAUUUCUGCGCAUAUCGCGGCAGAGAGAAAACGGCGAAUUCGACGCUGUAUACAAGACAGAUGUGAUCAAGAAUAAUUUGAACCCGAAUUGGAAAAGAUUCACCAUACCUUUCCAGACACUGGCCAAUGGCGAUAGGGAGCGUACGCUGAGGAUAGAUGUGGUGGACUGGAACGCCGAUGGUUCAGAGGACCACAUAGGAACGGUAUACACAUCUGUGCGCGCGUUAGAAGAGUCUCAGGGGCCAGCCAGUUCGAUGCCGGUUAUCAACGAGAAGAAGAAAGCCAAGAAGAAGAAGUACAAACACUCUGGUCUCCUGCACUGUGUGAAGUGUGAGCUGAUUGUGGCCUCGACGUUUCUGGACUACGUCAAGAGCGGCAUGGAGAUAGGCUUGAUGAUCGGAAUCGACUUCACAGCCUCCAAUAGGGGUCCAUCAGACCCACGGUCACUACACUACAUGAACCCUAACGUACCCAAUGACUACGUCACCGCCAUACAACAAGUGGGACAAAUCCUGGCCAACUAUGAUGCCGACAACAAAUUCCCGUCGUACGGGUUUGGGGCGCGGAUACCACCGAACGGCCAUGUGAGCCACUGCUUUCCAAUCAACUUCAAUUAUAAUGAUCCCGAAAUUACGGGCAUAGACGGAGUGCUUGCUCACUAUCAGAACUGUCUAAGUUCAGUACAACUCUCGGGUCCCACUAACUUCUCGCCAAUGAUCGAAACGGCGCUGGCACAGGCCAAGGGAACCACGGCCAAGAAUCUUAAGUACACCAUCCUGGUCAUACUCACCGACGGAGUGAUCUGCGACAUGGACAACACCAUCGACCAGAUAGUGAAAGCCAGUACUGAAGCUAUGAGUAUUGUCAUCGUAGGGGUGGGCGAGGCCGACUUCGGGGCGAUGGACUACUUAGACGCAGACGAUGCGCCUCUGGUGAACAGACAGGGAAGGAAGAUGGCCCGAGACAUCGUUCAGUUUGUGCCGUACCGAGACUUCAAGACCAAAGGCGAGCGCAGCAUUGCCGAGGUCACCUUAGCCGAGAUACCCGAGCAGGUGGUCAGUUUUAUGGCUAGUAAGGGCAUCCGCCCCAGACCCUCCCCUGCGAGCCUGAUGCCCACGCCCAGUGUGGUGUCGACAUCGUACGCCUCCAGCUACCAGUACGCUCCGGCUGGGUCGCCGCAGAGACAGGCGUCUACUUCAUCGGCGAAUGGCCAGCCACCAUAUCCAACUCAUCCUAGUGCGCCGGUGCCACAACCGUCGCAACCGUACACAGCCCCAUACCCAAGCAAUCCGACUAUACACACUGAGGAUGUGCAGCGCAAAAACUUGCCCCCUCUGAUACCUGACCACAGGCUCUCUAAGUCCAACUCGGCCUCGAACUCCCCUACUACGUCUAUUUUAAAGAACCAAUCAGCAUACGGUAAUGGAGGUUAUCAUUCACAAAACCAGAACACAGCACCGUAUCCCACGGCCAAUCAGAAUGCGCCAUAUCCGGAUAACAACGGUAGUAACACGAACAGGCAACCGGGCCGUUCUGGAAAUAGACUAAUUGGUACGGCCUCGGUAGUCAGCUACCAGCCGUUGGCAGCACCCCACGACCCGUAUCGAAGAAAUAGCUUACACAACGCACAAAGAGGGGGUACCCAGCAGGUACAACAAUACCCCUCGCCCUAUACAGGAUCAAAUAAUAGUGUGAAUACAGCCCCGUAUCCUACCAAUAACAAGAAUAACCCACCGUAUCCCCAAUAAACUGUCUUUUACUCACGUAUCUACUACACGCCACAUGUGUAUCUGUUUGCCUGGCAGUAUUGCAUUGGCUAAAGGAUUCAGCUGGUGUUGUUUCGUACCUUCUUAGUCUGUCUGCAGUAAUUGUACAUGGGGCGGUGUUCGAGGUGAGCUUCCUGUGGAUUGAUCUCUCAACAGAUAUACAUCACAUUGCCGUCACCAUAUAGGUGGUAUUAUGCACAACGAACGAAAAAAAAUUCAGUAGAACACCGUUGAAAUGCUGCAGUAAAGCUUGUGCCUCCCGUCUUCAUUCACUAUCUACUAUUUUAUUCUUGCGCAUGCAUCCUACAAAAAUUUAGGUCAUUUAGUUGACAUCAGAAAUGUUUACCCUGCAAACAUCAACAGAUUCAUGCCACCGUCGUCCAAUAGACGAAUUUUCUAUUACAGGUAGAGUUCUAUAGUAAAAAGUAUAUAGAUAUAUAUAAAUAUCUAUAUGAUGAUGAUUUGCGUGCUUCAUAUUCUAUGCUCAAGGCUUUUAUUUGCCUUAUGUAUACAUUUACUCUACACUAGAAAAUACCAAAUCUUACAACCUUGGAAAGAACCACGACCCAAUAGCACCGUCAAGGUCUUCUUUGCCAUUAUACGGGUAAGUUGGUACCCAUAACUUUGACAAAUUGCAUAUCAACUUGUCAUCUAGUAAAUCCCAGGAUUGGCACCAUUCUCGUUCGUAGCAAUAUUGAGCACAUGCUUCAAAUCGUUCCACAACGGUCAUAUCUUUCAAAUCGCUGAUGUCUACAGUUUCAUCAUUAUUAUCGCUCACCACAAGUUCGACAGCUGGCACCCGGUAGUAAAGUGUGUCAUCACCUUCUCCAAUAACCCACUGCUUGUUCAGAUUCCCGAGUUCUUUGAUGCUAUCUUCUGGAUUGUACCCGUCUGCCCUGCAUCGCUCAUCAAACUCUAGCAUACAGCUGGUACCCUCCACGCACUGCUUUUCUUCCGGAUUUGAAGCAAUACAGUUUCCGUCUACCUCAGUCGGGGUUUCACAGAAUAUACUACCGCUGGCAGAAAGGAAAUUGGAACCCUCAGCUCGUAUGGUGACAUCCAAGUACAAAUCCGGGUUAGAACAGGAAUCAAAUUUGUGAUACAUUUUCAACAUGUCAUUUUCUGUGUGGCCCUCCUCUCCGUCGCGUUCAAAUACAACCAACUCGCCAUCUUCUGUUGAGUAACCUUGGAGGUAAAUAUUAUAAUUAUCGCUGAAGAGCAUUAUACAUUUGUUGUCUUCCGGCAUAUCGGGCUUAUACACGUAUCCAAUUGCCGUACACGCACCUUUCUCCCCUCCGCUUGCCUUAUCACAGGCAACUGAGCAGGCCUUGGCGUACUCAUCUACUGUAUCAAAAUUGUUAUCGCCUCUGAGUGACUUCACAUCUUCAAUAGCAUCCGAUAUCUUCGGAUUUCCACCUCUAUCAUCGCAUGGCUCGCUUGCGCAGCUUGGGUUUACGUAGUCCACUAAUAGCAAUUGAUUUGCACUCGACUGAUAUACAUCUGGCAGUGAGCUGACAUUCUUCUGCAUUUCUUCAUACCCAGGUCUAAACCAGUUGAAAUGUUUUUCCUUGAGCUCGUCAACAUCUUCUGGUUUCAAACAUUCACUCGCAUAGAUAUCCGUGCUAACACAAUGCAGACCAUCCUCGCACUCAUUUCCGUCGUUGUCGGUAAACGAAUAGAAAGUACACUCUUCGCUAUAACAGCUCUCUUUGUACUUGAUACCGACACAACCCAAUCUCGAUGCACCCCCACCAUCACCACACAAACUAAAACCGUAUUGUUCGCCUUCCGAACAGAAAUCAGCCGGGUUGCGGAUGUAUAGCUGCAACGCAUUGGUCGAUGGCGAAUCGAACCCACUAUCUUCCUCGAUGUACAACUCUUGGAGAUAGUAAUAAACCUCUGAUCUAAGCAGAUUGACACAGAGUGUAUUAUCUGAGUCGGUACCGGGCAAAAACCGGAUUCCAAAUCCUGCACACCCGUUCUCAGGGAUGUUUGCACACGCCUCCUCACAAGCGUCCCCGUAUGCUUGUAUGCUAUCGUAGUCCUUUGACCCUUUAAGCUCUUCUACCACGAGUGGUGCGGGUUCUCCGCCGGAGAAUACCCAUAGGUCUAACACGGGAAAUUUCCGGUCCGGAAUAGGGUCUCCGGGAGGAUACAGUACUUGAUAGUAGUUCUAUAUUAACGAAACAGAAUCAAACGUGAAUAUCAGGCAGUCUUUCAGAAUGACUUUUGUAAAC